AUGGCUCCCGCAGGCGGUGGUAAUAUCAAGGUCGUGGUUCGAGUCCGUCCCUUCAACGGCAGAGAAAUCGACCGCGGCUCAAAAUGUAUCGUUGAGAUGAAGGACAACCAGACCGUCCUGACCACACCCGACGGUCACGGUGGUAAAAGCGCAAAGGCCGAAGCCCCCAAAAGCUUUGCCUUCGACAGAUCCUACUGGUCUUUCGACAAGGGCGACUCCAGCUACGCCGCCCAAUCCAAUCUCUUCGACGACCUUGGCAAACCAUUACUCGACAAUGCUUUUCAAGGCUACAAUAACUGUAUUUUCGCCUACGGGCAGACAGGCUCUGGCAAGUCAUACUCGAUGAUGGGCUAUGGUAAGGAAGUUGGCAUCAUUCCCAACAUUUGCCAAGACAUGUUCAGUCGCAUAGACCAGAUCCAGGCCGACGCGACGACGAAAUGCACAGUCGAAGUGUCCUAUCUCGAAAUUUACAACGAACGAGUCCGCGACCUGCUCAACCCUUCUACAAAAGGAAACCUGAAGGUUCGAGAGCAUCCCUCUACCGGCCCCUACGUCGAGGAUCUUGCCAAGCUGGUCGUCGGCAGCUUCCAAGAAAUCGAAAACCUCAUGGACGAAGGAAACAAGGCCCGCACAGUCGCCGCCACAAACAUGAACGAAACCUCGAGUCGAUCGCACGCCGUCUUCACCCUAAUGUUGACGCAGAAAAAGUACGACGCCGAGACCAAGAUGGAGAUGGAAAAGGUGGCCAAGAUUUCGCUCGUUGAUUUGGCUGGCUCUGAAAGAGCCACCUCCACGGGUGCUACUGGUGCGCGACUUAAGGAAGGUGCUGAGAUCAACCGAUCUUUGUCUACUCUUGGUCGUGUCAUUGCUGCGCUUGCCGAUCUGUCGACUGGUGGCAAGAAGAAGAAGGGUGCCUCUCAAGUGCCCUAUCGAGAUUCCGUCUUGACAUGGCUUCUUAAAGACUCCCUCGGCGGCAACAGCAUGACUGCGAUGAUUGCGGCCAUCAGUCCGGCCGACAUCAACUAUGACGAGACUCUCAGCACCCUCCGAUAUGCCGACUCUGCUAAGCGCAUCAAGAACCACGCCGUGAUCAACGAAGAUGCCAACGCGCGCAUGAUCAGAGAGCUCAAGGAGGAACUCGCCUUGUUACGGAGCAAACUUGGCGGUGGCACAGUCGGAGCCGGCGGUGCCCCGGUACCUGCGGACGAGAUUUAUGACGAGAAUACGCCGCUUGAGAAGCAAAUGGUCAGAAUUACCGGUCCCGAUGGCACCGUCAAGAAAGUGUCCAAGGCAGAGAUUGCCGAGCAGCUCAGCCAAAGUGAAAAGCUCCUCACGGAUCUUAAUCAAACAUGGGAGCAGAAGCUCCAAAAGACCGAGGAAAUUCAGAAAGAACGCGAAGCAGCUCUCGAAGAACUUGGGAUUAGCAUCGAAAAGGGAUUCAUCGGCCUUCAUACUCCCAAGAAGAUGCCUCAUUUGGUCAACUUGUCGGACGAUCCAUUGCUGGCGGAAUGUUUGGUGUACAAUUUGAAACCGGGCACUACGACUGUCGGAAAUGUUGAUACCAACGCCGACCAUCAAGCCAACAUUCGACUCAACGGAACCAGGAUUUUGCACGAUCACUGCACCUUUGAGAAUGGCGCUGACGGCACCGUCACCGUUAUCCCAAGUGAGGGUGCCUCCGUCAUGGUCAAUGGCAAGCGUAUCACCGAAGCCGCCCAGCUCCAUUCUGGUUACAGAGUCAUCCUUGGCGACUUUCAUAUUUUCCGAUUCAACCAUCCCAUGGAAGCCAGAGCCGAGAGAGCAGAGGUCGGCAACAGCCUCCUUCGGCAAUCCGUCACGGCUAGCCAAAUCCAAGCCUGGGAAAAGACAUCACCGAGCCCCACGCCUGGAUCACGUCCGGGCCAUGAGCGUGCAUUCAGCAGGGUUUCAGAUUUUGGCGACAUCUCUAGACCGGAGUCUCCAUCUCUCCGCAAUAACCGCGACUCUGACUGGUCUGCUGCCCGUCGCGAAGCCGCCGGCGCUAUCCUUGGAUCCGACCAGACAAACUUUACUAGCCUCACGGAUGAAGAGCUCAACUCUUUAUUUGAAGAAGUGCAGCGAGCCCGAGCCGAACGCGUCAAUGUUCGUGAGGAUGGCGAGGAUACCGAGUCUGUCACUUCUUAUCAGCUCCGUGAAAAAUACAUGUCAAAUGGCACCAUCGACAACUUUUCUCUCGAUACGGCUCUGACCAUGCCUUCAACCCCCAAGCAGGGCGAAGCAGAUGACAGGCUAAGAGAGGUUCGCGAAGAACUCCAAAGUCAGCUCGAGAAGCAGAAAGAAGAGUUCCAAGAACAGCUCAAGAGUGCCGAGGCCGCCAACGUCGAAGUUGAAGAAAUCAAGAAGGAGAAGGCCAAGAUGGAAGCUGCUCUGCUGGAGCUCAAAGGGGACAUGGAAAAUCAGCUCAAGCUCCAAAGAAGGCAGUUCGAGGAGAAGAUUGAGAAGAUGGAUCCUCUGAAGCGACCCAAGGCAAACCCCAAGCUCUCCGAAGAGGAGCUGGACCAAGCGAGGAGCGUCGUUGGCGUUUGGAGAGACCGACACUACGUCAAAAUGGCGGAGACGGUGCUGCAAAAUGCCGCGAUUCUCAAAGAGGCGCAAAUUAUGAGCAACGAGCUCGACGAGAGUGUCGUUUUCCAGUUUACUGUUGUUGAUGUCGGACACGUCAUGUGCUCCUCGUACGACAUGGUCCUCAAUGGUCUCACAAGCGAAGGGGAGGAUGCAGCUCUCGAGGAGACGCCAAAGCCGUGCAUCGGCAUCCGAGUCAUCGACUACCGAAACCAAGUUGUCCGACUCUGGAGCUUGGAGAAGCUGCACGACCGCGUCCGUCAAAUGCGUCAAAUGCAUCAGUAUCUUGACCAGCCCGAAUACGCUCAGCAUCUCAGCCUGGAUAAUCCGUUCAUCGAGCACUGUAUGCCUUCAUAUACCUUGGUUGGCGAAGUCGAUGUGCCUCUGAAAGCCGUGUUCGAAAGCCGAGUACAGGACUUUUCCCUGGAUGUUCUGUCGCCAUAUACCUCUCACGCCAUUGGCAUUGUGAAGUUGUCACUUGAGCCGUCUCAUGCUCGGGCUCCCACAAACACGCUCAAGUUCAACGUCGUCAUGCACGAGUUCGUCGGCUUCGCCGAGCGCGAAGGUACCGAUGUUCAUGCCCAGCUCUUCAUUCCCGGCAUUUCAGAAGAGGACGGUGUCACGACUACGCAAAUGAUUACCGACUUUGACGAAGGCCCUAUUCGGUUUGAGAGUGUACACAACAUGAGUGUUCCCCUCUUUGCGCCGCAAGCCGUCAUGCUCAGGGCGUCAAUCUUUGCCAGAGUCCAGCCAAUGCAUCUCGAUAAACUCCUUAGCUGGGAUGACAUGAGAGACGCUGCUCCUCCACGUGAUGGUGCCAAGGCAAGCCGCAUCAACGAGUCACAAUUUUUCACACAAGAGAAGCACGAUAUGCUCUCGAGAGUCCAGAUUCUUGAGCUCAAUGAAAUGGGAGAGUAUACACCUGUUGAGGUCACUCAGGCCAGUGAACUAGACACGGGCACGUUCCAGCUUCACCAAGGCCUGCAGAGAAGAAUUGCCAUCAACAUCGCUCACAGCUCCGGCGAUGCCCUGCCCUGGGGUGACGUGACCGCUGUGCGUGUUGGCAAGAUUCGCCUUGUCGACUCUAGCGGUAAGACGCCAGACUUGGGCGCAAAGGAGCCCGAUGUCCAAUUACGACUUGUCCAGCAUCCCAUCUUCCGCCAAAACCCCAACGGCACUCGCAGUAUUACCGUGUUUGCCCAAUGGGACUCGAGUCUGCACAACUCUCUGUUACUCGAUCGUGUGACGGCGGAGAAGUAUAAGGUGCAGAUGAGUAUCGGCUGGGAAAUCAGCUCCGAUAAGCUGGCCGAGCCUAUGAAAUUCUCCCAGAAGGUUCAUGUGCAGGUUCUCUCACGAACAUUCGUUCGUCAAACAUCCAUGUUCUCCUCGCUGUGGCAGAACAUGCGCUUCAUUCGCUCCUCGACUGGCAUCUUCACAAUCACAAUGAGACCCGCGCCAAUCAAGCGGGUCGGUGAUCUCUGGAGAAUGAACAGCCAACACAACUACGUCAAGGGUGAAGAGAACCUUGACAAUUGGAACCCGCGAGGAGUGUCGAUCGUUAGUGACUUCAUUAUGGCACGGAAGAAGAGGAGACGAAUCGCGGAGAUUGGUGCCGUCCAUACGGUGCUGAAUGUCCUUGGUAUUGAUCCCAGUGGACAGUGGAGGAAAGCUGCUGCUGAGCCGGAACCGGAGCCAGAAAUUCAGAGGCCUGUGCUGCCAAACGACGAUGACUUGUUGCACGACACUCCUGAGGAGUCGCAGACUCCCUUGGAGGAGGAAACGGGAGCUCAAGUGGAUGGCGAAGCCGAGAGUAAGGUUGGCGAGGGCGAAGCUGAGGGCGAAGCUGAGGGCGAGGAGACGAUCAAGGCCGAAGAGCUCGCCGCGGCGGAGAAGACAGAGUAUGACGAGCGACAAACUGAGCUUCUGCAAAAAUGUCUGUCGCUUUGGGUCAAGUAUCCUGAUCCGCUGGCCAAGAUUCUCAGUCCUGCCAACACGGCGCCUCCGACCAAUGGUGUCACGUCGGAGCCGGAGCUGCCAAGCCUCAUCACGACCGUCGUCCGCGUGCCCAAGAACCCCAAGGUACUCAAGGGCGGCUACCUCUUGGUGCCCAACAGCGACUCCACGCGAUGGGUGAAGCGUUUCGUCGAGUUAAGACGGCCCUACAUGCACAUUCACUCUGCGUCGGAUGGUGAUGAGGUGGCGCUUGUCAGUCUGCGCAACUCGCGCGUCGACAGUCAGCCCGGUAUUCUGGCCCUCCUUAACGGACCGGAUGACUACGACACGGCGCCUGGUCAGAACCGCGGCGCAGAUUUCACGCCCGGUCAUCGCCGGACAGCUUCGGGCCGUAUCAUCUCAACUAUCUGGACCGGCGCCGCCGCCAACAACAAUAACAAUGGUGGUGGUGGCGGCGGAGGCCCGGGUCUGCAGCGCCUCAGCGAGCGGAUGCAGGCUGGCGUGUUUGCUGUGUAUGGCACCGACAACACCUGGCUGUUCGCAGCGCGCAGCGAGCGCGAGAAGAUGGACUGGAUCUUUAGGAUCGACCAGACGUACAUGUCUGCCGGCGAGAGCCAACCUGGCAGCGGCUUUACCAGCCCGCCGCCAGGCAGUGACUACUAA